UGAUUCUUCUAGCGUAGGUCACGCUUCACCUCUUGCUGCUUAUUUCUUUGUUCGCCCUCUUUCCAUCUAAUCCGUCCUAUUCCAUCCUAUUACCCAUAUUCAGUUGGAAUCGAGUCAUCAAUACUUGAAAACCAUGGCAUAACGCUCUUGGGCACCCCCCGACUUGCCACCCGCAUCCUCAUCUUCCUCUCCCUCUCCUCCCUUCCCUCGUGUGCGCCUUCGGUCAUCUAUCCCUCACCCUCUCUAUUCCAUGGCCACUGACACAGUUUCGCCAUGUCCACCCUCCUCACCUUCCCCGUCCCGAGUCGUCAACUGAUCUGGUCUUGUACCGGGGCAUCGGCCAAUCUCAUCAAGAACUUGUCACCAAACAAGAAACUCGCCUAUUUGGCAGAGGAGAUAGCCAGGUAUUGCAAAGGUGUCACCCCUUCAGAGAGUCUCGAACAGGCAUACCUACGCCGCAUGAAAGAUGCCACCAAUUUGGCAGAGUACGAAACAUGUACUGUGGCGCUCGACGAGAUUCAGGGCCAUAAUUCAUGGAAACAAGAAAUAUCGUCGAUAGAAGCUGAUUAUAGACCCGCCUUGAUCCAGGCGCAUGCCCAAAUCCUACGCAAGGCCAUCGCGACCUCGGAUCUCGCAGCGUUGCAUUAUCAUCUCCGGACCAGCAUUAGUCGAGACUUGGGUGGCAUGAACUCGUUACGUUUAUACAAGCAUUCAUGGUUCGGAACCAAAUCUCUGAUAGAUGACUACAUCAACACCGUCUUAGAAGCCAUAGACACCUUUGUCGAUCUCACCAUUCGUUACAACCUCCCCAACUCGGAAUUGCGCUAUUAUCUCCAAUCGCUGGAGGACACUAUGAAGUUCUACGGUCAGUCCGCUUUGACCUUGUCCGGUGGUGCCAUUCUCGGCAUGAAACACAUCGGAGUCGUCAAGACCUUGUGGGAAGCCGAUCUCCUCCCGGACGUCAUAUCAGGCGCAUCGGCUGGAGCAAUUGUGGCCGCCAUUGUCGGCACCGCGGUUGACGAAGCCAUGUAUGACAUCUUGGAACGCUUCCCUCACUCCGACUUGGCCGUGUUUGACCCCACGCCACUGGGACGAUUCGACUGGGCCAAACAACGCUUGCGCAUCUUCACCAAGACUGGACGAUUCUUCAGCAUGGACAACCUGGAAAGAGUCAUGAAGAUAUGGUUGGGCGACAUUACCUUCCGAGAGGCUCAUUACAAGACCGGUCGGGUGGUCAACAUUUGCGUGUCGAGUUCGGACAGUGACGAGCCACGCCUAUUAAAUUAUGUGACAGCACCCGAUGUCUACGUCUGGUCGGCCGUCUGUGCGUCUUGCGCAGUGCCGCAUGUCUUUGCUCCUGUCGACCUUUACCAGAAAGACCCCGUGACCAAGCAGCCCAAGUUGUGGAUGAAGAAUGCUAAGCAGACCUUUGUGGAUGGGUCGCUGGACCAUGAUAUCCCCAUGAAGAGAUUGUCUCAGAUGUUCAACGUCAACUUCUUCAUCGUCUCACAAGUAAAUCCACAUGUGCGCAUGUUUCUUGAGCGCGAAGAGGAGUUUGUGGGCGUGCAACCACGAAACGCCAGGCACUCUCGCCAUCCCGGCCACGGCAUCAAAGACACACUCAGACUGGAAUUGAUUCACCGAGCGCAACAGAUCAAGGACCUUGGCAUCCCACGGGUUCUGUCUCGUUGGGGCUCGGUCUUGGAACAACGAUACACGGGUGACAUCAAUAUCUUUCCCGAAAUCGAAACCGGCGAGUAUCUCAAGUUGAUGGCCAACCCAACCUCGGAGUACAUGAUCAAAGCGACUGUCGCGGGAGAACGGGCAACGUGGCCCAAGAUGUGUCGAAUCAAGAAUUGCGUGGCAGUGGAGAUGGCCCUGAUGCGAGGAAUAUAUACAUUGCGAGAGAGGAUCAACUUUGGGCCAGAGGCUAGAGCAGCUCGUGAAGCCGGAAGGCCACGAAGUCGAGGCCGCACUCCUCGCGGCAGGUCAGCCAAAGCUACCUUUUUGCGACGCAGAAGUCUGAGCAUUGAAUCUCCAGCAACGGUGGAAGGUCUCUCGAUACCGCCACCGUCAUUAAGGGUGCGGCGGAAUGCAAGCAUGAACAAUAUUCUAUUCAAGCCCCUGACUCUGUCCGCCACGCCUCCGAAAACGACACCACUACCAUCUCCCUACCAAACCAUCGACGGCGAUGGGUUUGGCGAUGCAAUGAUGAUGACUACAAUAAGCGUGGGGAAUGGCUGUGCAAAGAAUGGCGAAAGAGAGAGUAAUAGCGACUACUUGGAAUGAGCGAGGUUUUUCUGUGAGCGACGAACUGAUACCACUUGGAAUGGCGUUGAACAUAAGAAGAGAAUAAACGAUGUAUGAAGAAGAUGAAUAAGAUUAGAUUCUACAGUCCACGUUGAAUGUGUGUGUGUGUGUCGUGCAGAAGCUACGAUGAGCCUGUAGGUGC